AUGACAAUUCUAAAUAAUUUAGUUUCCAUAUCAUUUUUCUCAAAAUCAACAAAAAGUAGUAGUUGUUUCACAUUAUCGUUACCAAUGUGUAGCAACAAUAUUAUGCAAUCAAAUAUAGAGUUUUCAGCUUCUGUACCGAACAAUGAUUUAAUAGAAAGAAAGAUGCCAAUUUUUAAAAGAUUCCCUCGUGGAUGA